AUGGCGACGUCAGGAACAUACGUGACGGAAGUUCCUUUAAAAGGGACGGCGGAGAAACACUACAAGAGGUGGAAAAGUGAGAACCAUCUCUUCCCUGAUACCAUCGGCCACCACAUUCAAAAUGUCACCGUUCACGAAGGCGAAUGGGACUCUCACGGGGGUAUCAAGAUUUGGAACUACACAUUGGAUGGAAAGCAGGAGGUAUACAAGGAGAAGAGAGAGAUAGACGAUGAGAAUAAAACAAUGACGGCUAGAGGACUUGAAGGUCAUGUGAUGGAGCAUUUCAAGGUUUGUGACAUCGUCGUCCAGUUUAUUCCCAAGACUGAAGAUAGUUGCGUCGCCAAAAUCACUAUGAUCUGGGAGAAGCGCAACGAUGAAGUCCCCGAACCAAGCAGCUACAUGAAGCUC